GAUGCAGUGCAGGUCAUGCAGGAGGAGAUGGACCGUGACAUCACCAAUGUCAUUGGUGUUUGUGCCAUGAAGCACCGUAUGACACUUCAAGGCUUUCUACUUCCCAGGGAUCUCAUUUACAAAGCAAUGAAAGAGUACAAUCCACAUGGCCUCGCAACACGCCAACCAGGAAGCAGAAAGGUUGUUCGAUCUCCCAUCAUCUCUGUUGGACCAAAUGAACAAUGGUCGAUUGACGGUCAUGAUAAGCUGUCUGCUUAUGGCAUAGGCAUCUACGGCAUCCGUGAUGUUUAUUCGGGACGGCUUUUGUCACUGCAGGCAAUGCCUUCUAACAGAUGUAGUGAUGAUGUACACUGUGUCUUCCUCAAUGCAGCCAUCAAGUUCGGAGGGUUUCCUCUUCAGAUUGCCAGUGACCGUGGAUCAGAGAUAGGUGAGAUCAUUGCAACACAAAUUGCAUUCCGUAAUUCAUACUCGACAGUGGGACUGGACCAAGUCUUUCCCUACAAGCUUCUAAAGAGUACCCAGAAUAUCACAAUUGAACGAUCCUGGUGCAAUGUACCGGAAAAUGUGGUCGAUCAAGUCAAAGCUGCCCUUAAUUCUUCCUUUGAGUCAGGUCUUGUUCACGAUGGAGAUUUGGUUCAUCAGUCACUCCUGAACUGGUUGGCUCCACCCGUAGUGCAACAAGCUUUGGACGACUUCAUGAAAACAUUUGAUUCCUACCCCGUGAGAUACCAAAAGGAAAAGGUUAAUCCUUCUGGGGCAUCACGGAAUGAAAUCUAUUUCAAUCCUCAGCGAUGGGGCGGCAGGGAGUGUUUGCAACCUUUUCCUGCUAUGGAGAUCACCAAGGAGUUCAGAAAGAAUGCUGAGCGGCGUGCACAGAUGACUUGGGUAUCUCCUGAAGUGCUGCAGUGUUGCAUGGAUAUUGUGCAUGUGGAGGCGUUAGAGUACCCUCCACAGAGCUGGGACAUGGCAUGGACUUUGUUCAGAGAAGUAGAACCCAAAGUACAAAAGGAAUUACAACAGCUCUGGUUAAUGACAUAG